GUGCAUGAGUUUGAAUCUAUAUGUAUUUCCAUUUCAUUAACAAUUCAGGAAACUGCUACAGUGAAUACAGGCGGCUUUCUACAGUGAGGUGCUCGGAGAGAAGCUCAAGAGUAUCAAGUGUUGAGGCUGAGAAGACCAACGAACACAGGAUGAUUGAAGGUGACGAGGCUGUCGAGGUCGGCCAACUUGGCGAGGAUGACGAGGUUGACGAGGUUGCCGAGGCGGGCGGCUUUCUGCGCUGGCUCGUCAGGUACGUGCUGGAGAGAAGGGUGAUCACAUGGGACAUAAACCAGCGUGAGCAAGCUCUACGCACAGCUAGAGUUCAAUGUUACGCAGGAUUGAUGCUGAUUAUGGUGCAGGUAAUACUUCACAACGCCUACAAGUCAUUUCAAGUCACUGAGCCCCUUAGUCUUGAUAAAUAUGAAAGACUGUGGCACCAGUGUGGGUAUCACAUCACGCUGGUCUGGGCCUCUGUAGUGUACCUGUCAAUGUUGCACUUCACAUCUGUUAACGGAGGCUCGCCUGGUGACGCGCAGUGGUGGUGGUGGAGGCUGGACAGUCGCUCUAUGCUGCUGGUGACGCACCUGGCACCCCUGUGGUGUCUGGUGCUGCUGGGCCAGAUGACAGUCAGCCUCACUUACCCCGCCGUGUACAAAAACAUGAUAUACAAUGACUUCAUGAAUAACAUCGACGAAUACUACACUUCCGUAGAGGCGAGAAAAUUCAUCGAUACUAUCCAGGAAAACUUUAAAUGCUGCGGGUUUCACAGUUACCAGGACUGGAUCAGACUGCGGCGGGUGAGGGGAAGUGGGCCAUUUCCCAUUACUUGCUGUGAGGAAGGCUCCCUUUGUGACCACAACAACGUCGUCAAUUAUUUGGCAAACUACAAAACUUGGUAUGAGACUGAAGACUAUUCUAUAAUGCAUACGAAGGUUCCUUUCAAAGAGAAAAUAAAGAAGAUGCGGAAUGCUAUAUAUCACAUUUCUGAUGACUACCUCCCGUUUAGAGAUAAAGGCUGUGCAGAAAAACUACUAAAAAUCUACCCUUUUUUCUGGCCAGGCAUCUUAGACAUGAUUCAAAUUCUCAUCACACUGUCUACGAUGAUCAAUAUCCGAAGGUACUCCACCGGCACAGCCUUCGCAUCCCAAGCCGUGCGGGACUGUCCACGAGACUACAUCAUGUUCAACGGCACCCACGCCUGUCCCCGCUGGACCUUCCUGCGCCCCACCAAGCAGGCCCUGUGGAGGUGGCAGCAAGACUAUCUCAUGUCGAUGUACUUUAACCUCGUGUACCAGGGCAAGAUGAUGCCUGAGCAGUACCACAACGCCAUCUACCCGGACAUGCCCCUCCGCGCUCCUGAUUUCGAGAAGAGUUUCGACUUGAGAGUUCGAGAUUGCUUAAGUUUCCUGAGGUACGAGGUUGGGAAACACAAAAAAAUGGGAAAGUUAGGGAAAUCAGUUCCUUUCUUCGGUUGACGAGGAAUUUAAUAUGUUCGGUUUCCUUUGUGAUUUCUUUUUCAGUCCUCAAAUUUGUUCUUUGCAAGGAUUAUUAUCAUUCUGAAUUUCUGAAU